AUGGCUGCAAAUAAUAGUACACAUUUUCAUAAUGUGGAUGAUGAAGAAUCUCAAAAUAAUGGAACCAAGAUUCAGCCUGUCUCCUCGACUCCGGGGGUACGAAAUUGGAGUUCAGAGCCUGAAAAGAAACAUCAGAAGUCUCCCUUAUUGAGUGAGAUGCUGGGACUCAAUGAACUCUUUUCUUUGGAUGUUUGGCGAGCAUCGAUAGGCGAACUUCUGGGCACGGCUGUUCUCGUGUUCAUGCUCGACACAAUCGUGAUCUCAACAAUCGAGUCUGACGUCAAAAUGCCAAACCUAAUACUGUCGGCACUGGCGGCAAUCAUAAUCGCGAUUCUCUUACUGGCGGUGCAUCCGAUUUCCGGUGGCCACAUAAACCCGAUUAUCUCCUUUUCGGCCGGCCUAGUCGGAAUAAUUUCCAUGUCUAGGGCUUUUGUCUACAUAUUGGCACAAUGUUUAGGAGGUGUUUUAGGUGCUCUCGCACUUAAGGCAGUGGUAAGUAGCUCAAUUGAACAAAGUUUCUCACUAGGAGGCUGCACAUUAACAGUUGUAGCACCAGGCCCAGAUGGACCCAUUACGAUUGGGCUGGGGACGGCCCAGGCCCUAUGGCUAGAGAUAUUUUGUAGUUUCAUUUUUCUGUUUGCUUCGAUUUGGAUGGCGUAUGAUCAUAGGCAGGCUAAGGAGUUGGGCCAUGUGCUGGUUUUCGUUAUAGUUGGAAUAGUGUUGGGUCUGCUGGUGUUCGUUUCGUCUACUGUUACGGCCCAAAAGGGGUAUGUUGGGGCUGGAAUGAAUCCAGCUAGGUGUAUUGGGCCUGCCGUUGUUAGAGGCGGACAUCUUUGGGAUGGGCACUGGGUGUUUUGGGCUGGGCCGGGUAUUGCUUGUGUGGCGUUCUAUUUGUACACGAAGAUCAUCCCAAGCCAGCACCACAGGGCAAAGGCAUAUGAUCAUGAUUUUUAUAAUGUUGUGAAGGUUUUGUUCGGGGCACGAAGUCUUUGA